UGGAGCCCAGCCCAGAUUCAGCGGGCUACUCCCACUUCUGCUCUCUGAGUCACUGGAAUGCUUUUCAGCGGGAAACGAAACUGAACGGAGGCAGUUAAGUUUUGAGCGGGAGACAUGGCUGCGUGCAGCAUUGCUGUGGACGAGAACCAAUUCACCUGCCCCAUCUGCUGCGACCUGCUGGCGGAUCCUGUCACCAUUCCCUGCGGUCACAGCUACUGCAUGGCCUGCAUCAGCACCUACUGGAGUGACCACAGCAGAGUGUGCAGCUGCCCUCAGUGCCGCCUGGAGUUCCCCACCAUGCCUUCCCUGGGGAAGAACAACGUGCUGGCCGAUGUGGUGGAGAAGGUGAGGCGGAUGACCGUCCACGCUCACCCCUUAGCCAGCAGUGGUGCUCCAGAGGGCCCCGGCCAGGUGGAAUGUGACGCCUGCAUCGGCGCGAAGGACAAAGCCGUCAGGUCUUGCCUGGUGUGCCUGGCGUCCUUCUGUGACUUCCACCUCCAGCCGCACCUCCUCUCCCCAGCCUUCCAGAGUCACGAGCUGGUCGAGGCCACCGAAGCGCUGCCACAGAAACUCUGCGCUCGGCACAAGAGGCUCCUAGAGGUGUACUGCUCCACAGACCAGGUGUGCAUCUGCUACCAGUGCAUCUUGGACGACCACAAGGGCCAUGACCACCUCCUGCCCGAGGCAGCAAGGAUCCAAAAGGAGAAGGAGCUCUGUGAGAUCCAGAAACAAUUCCAGAAGAGGAAAAUCGAAAAGGAGAUUGCCUUAGAUGAUCUGGAUCAAACCAUGAGUACACUCACGGACUCUGCUUUUUUAGCAACCAGCUGCACAGACAAGAUGUUCUCUGAGAUUGCCCAGGCCUUGGAGCGAGGGUGUCAAGAGGUGAAGAGGGUGAUCCAGGAGAAAGACAUGGCAGCGGGGAGCCAAGCAGAGGGCGUCAGGGGGAGGCUGCAGCGAGAGGUCACAGAGCUGCAGACUGGCCUCUCUGAGCUGGACGAACUCACUCAGAUGCAGGAUCACAUCUCGUUUCUCCAUGGCUUUGACCGUUUUCCCUCACACAAAGCACUUUGUGACAACACCAGCAUUAUUCUCAAUGAAAACCCAUCUUUUGAAUGUGUUAUGGCAUCUGUCAAAAACUUCAAAGACAAAAUGAUAGCACUUUGCAGCAAGGAGCUGCGAAGCAUCUCCACAGCAGUCAAUGGAGUACAUCUGUUUGAGAGAACCUGGGUCCGAGCAGAGCUGAUACAAGUUGCCUGUGAGCCCACUCUGGACCCCAAAACGCACAGUAACAGGCUGCACCUGUCCGAGGGUAACACAAAAGUGAGUGGUGGGACCCCAGUGUCGCCCUCUGCAGUCAACCCGGAGAGGUUUGACACACGGCCUCAGGUCCUCUGUCAGGAAGGCCUGAGCGGACGACAUUACUGGGAAGUGGAGUGGUCAGAGGAAAAUGGAAUUUGCAUUGGAGUGUCCUACAAAGGAAUCGCCAGGAAAGGCUUGGGCCAUGAAAGUGGGCUUGGUCACAAUGACAAGUCCUGGACGCUGAGCCUGUCUAGCAAGGCUGAUUCAUUCAUUACAUUCUGGCACAACAACACAAGAAGAGUCAUAUCUCGCGCUACAAAUUUGAGGUCUGGGAGAAUAGGAGUGUACCUGGACCACAAGGCUGGAAUUUUGACAUUCUUCAAUGUCUCUGACACGCUGAAUGUGCUUCACACGAUCAAAACAAAAUUCACUCAGGCCCUGUUCCCUGGAUUCGCUGUAGGCACGGAUGCAGUCAUCAAAAUUUGUAAACCAGGUACCCCUCCCUUGAGAAAAUGAGGAGAUUGGUUAGAAAUAUGUAAAAGGCUCAUAUAUUUUUUUUUUGUAUAUCACAACUAAACUAAAUAUUCUUUUCUUAGUUUGAAGUGAUAUGCCAAAUGUGAUAUGCAAAAUGUGUCUUUUUGUAAAUGCAAAUGAAAAAUGUUAUUCUUUCACAUGGAAAAUACAAUACAAAAAUGUAAGUGAAAAUAAAAAAAAACCUAUGUUUACACAAUUUGAUGAGCUUGUGCUCUACCGUGUUGUUAAGUGAAGCAAACGUAUAAGUGAGGAUAGACAUUGGCAAGAACAAGAAGCCUACAUACACUGGAGUUUUAAAGCACAGCUAAUACAAAUAUUACGGUAAAGGGGCGGUUCCUUGUUCUGUUAUCAGUUGUGAACUUGGACACAGUGGAAGAAGCAAUGACUGAUCUUAGUAAAACCAGAGUCUAAAGCAGAGCUGAAGCACGCACCGUUGGUGAACCUCGUCGACCAAGGUUGGUGUUGGAUGCGCAGUUCAGUUCCAUCGUGUCAAACAGUGGUGUAGUCUACUUUUUUAUGGUGG